AUGAUUAGUGGCUUCAGAAAUAUCAGCAGAGCCGAAAUACUUCAGAUAGCUUGCUUGAUCAAACAAGUCUCACUGCAAAAUAAGGACGUGAAUCCAUUCCUGUUUCAUUUUACUUAUAUUUUGAGAGUACAUAAGCAGUCAGGCACACAUAUCCAUACAACAAUAGACCAUUUGGCGACCCUCUAG